GAGAGGGGCGCUAUUGUUAGGCUGUUAGCUUGGCGGCGGGUAGAAGACAGGGUGAGAAAGAAAGAAUGGGAAAGAGAGACAAGAAACAAAGGCACCAACAAAGAACCAGUCAAAGAGGAGCCUCUUACUACACUGCCCAGCACGAUGAUGAUUAUGAAGAUGAAACCUAUAAUUUUCAACAACAAUCUCAAGAUUCUGAAGAACGACAGCAAGAGGAAGAAGAAGAACCAGAAGAAGAGAAUGACCCAAACCCAUCAACGGAAAUGCCAUCAAAGUUCCUUCUUUACCAGCAAUCUGUACAGUCACCGAAAGGAGAUAUAAGCUAUCUGCAGAAGUUCUUUUUGAUGUAUGUGGGUGGAAGGUUGCCUCUGCAUCUCCAAGAAGAUUUCUGCGGCACCGCACUUCUUAGUACAGAAUGGCUCCGCACUGAUUCAAGGCGGACUGCUGUAGGAUUGGAUCUGGACCUUGAGGCAUUACAAUGGUGCCUGGAGAACAACAUCAAUAAAGUUGGGGCUGAUGGGUAUUCUAGAAUAUCCCUCUUUCAUGGGAAUGUCUUGAAGCCUCGUCAGGCAAAAUUAGUCAGCUUCAAGCCCCAAGAGCUGAUAAGGAACAUUCAAUUAGAGGAAAGUGAUGAUAAUUCCAAGAUUGCUGCAAUAGAACCUAACAUGCAUGAGGGCUCUCCUGCUUCAUCCAAUGAAGAGUUCAUAGAGGCAGAAUCCGAGAUACCUGCAAGAGACAUUGUAUGUGCUUUUAACUACAGCUGUUGUUGUCUCCAUGAACGUGUCGAACUGGUUUUGUAUUUCAAGCAUGUUCUUGAAGCCUUGUCUAGAAAGGGUGGUAUAUUUGUGAUGGAUUUAUAUGGUGGUACAUCGUCAGAGCAGUCAUUAAGACUUCAGCGGAGAUUUCCCAAUUUUACGUAUACUUGGGAGCAAGCUGAAUUUGACAUCAUUGAACGAAAAACAAGGAUUAGUCUCCACUUUCAUCUUCAAAAGCAGCAGAAAAAACUCCACCAUGCAUUUUCAUAUAGUUGGAGGCUGUGGUCAUUGCCGGAGAUUAAGGACUGCUUAGAAGAGGCUGGAUUUCAAUCUGUCCAUUUUUGGCUUCGAAAGAUGCCAGACACCAGUGAAAUCAGAUGUACUGAGGGAUUUGGCAUUGGGCGAGAUGUAAAGUAUGAAGAGGUCAAAAGUUUCCAACAAGAAGAUGCUUGGAAUGCAUAUAUCGUCGCUGUAACGAACUAGGUCAUUUUAUUCUAUCAUUUUCUAUUCACUAAUCUUCAACCUGAUUCUCCGUUGCGUAGAAGAGAGCAGUGUUUGACACUAUGAUGCUGCUGCUUUCAUGGUUGUAAACUGGAAUUUUGUCUGAUAAUUACACUUUAAAUUUUCCACAACAGCACAAUGUGUGAUAAAUGAUUGUCAUGUUACUUGCA